UGACACUGACAGCAUAGUACCUUCAAUUCUCAAUGCAUUUUGAAUUCGCUUUUUAGAUGCGAAAAUCUCAGAAUAGUGUUUGUUUUGAAGGAAAAUCGAAACGAAUUACUUCGAAAUAAAUUUUUAGCAACAUAUAAAUUGUGAAAGUAAGAGAAAUGGCUCUCAAUACUAAGUUACUGGUACCAGUGGCGUUGGGCUUCUCACUGGUGACUGUCACAGCGUUUGUGGUGUAUUAUGUGUUCAAACGAGAUGAGGAAUCUAAUUCAAAGCCAGUUAGAUCUACGAAGGUCAAUAUCAUAGAAAUUCAGGUGCCAAAGCGGAUUGUACCAGCUCUUAUUGGUCGUAGUGGUUCAAAUAUAAAGAAAAUAGAAGAGAAAUCCGGCGCAAUGGUCCACUUUAAGAAGUUCAGUGAGCAAGAUUACGAUGUCUGCAUAAUAAGAGGGCGAUCGUCGGCGACACAAAUAGCGGAGACAUUGGUGCAUGACUUCAUAAAACAGCAACCUGUUAUUGAGGAGGAUUCCCUGUCAGUUCCUGGGUGGUCGUGUGGAAGAAUUAUAGGCGUGGGUGGUGAGAACAUAAACGAUAUAAGCCACAGGAGCGGCGCGCGCGUCAAGGUGGAGGGCGAGAGGGGGGGCGACCUGAGCUUACCCAGGACCAUCACGUUCCGCGGAACCACGGAACAGAUCAAAAUCGCUAAACAACUUGUUCAGGAUGCUGUGGAACAAGAGCGUUGCCGGCGCGAGAUCGAUCAGGCGAAGCGUAGUCCGCGCGUAGCGGUCCCCUCCCCGCCCGCCACGCCAUCAGCAGAGUUACCAGGUGACAAAGCUGACAAAGCUGACACAGCUGACAAGCAUGCUCGGCCCAGGCGUGAAGCGAGCAGUGCUUCUAUUGAAGUGUACGUGUCUGCGGUGUCGACACCUUCGCGCUUCUGGGUGCAGUUCGUGGGGCCGCAGGUCGCGCAGCUGGACGAGCUGGUCGCGCACAUGACCGAAUACUACGGCAACAAGGAGAACCGCGCCAACCACUCUAUCAGGAAGCUGAGCAUAGGGCAGGUCGUCGCGGCGGUGUUCCGACACGACGGGCGCUGGUACCGCGCGCGCGUCGACGACAUACGGCCCAACGAGUUCGACGCCACGCAACAGGUGGCUGACUUGUACUAUUUGGACUACGGUGACAGCGAAUAUGUAGCAACCCAUGAACUGUGUGAACUGCGCGCUGAUUUAUUGAGACUGCGGUUCCAGGCGAUGGAGUGUUUUUUGGCGGGCGCGGUGCCGGUCGGCUCGUCUUCUGCGAAGGAUGCCGAAGGGAAGCCCGCCAGGUGGUCCUCGCCGGCCAUCGAGAGAUUUGAGGAACUUGUGCAUGUGGCGCGCUGGAAGCCGUUGAUAUCGCGUACGUGCGCGUACAGGAAGUCGUCCGCCAUGACUAACGAGAGAGAGCGGGAGAUACCCGGCAUCAAGCUCUAUGACGUCACCGAUGACGGUACUAUAGAAGUGGCGGAGGCGCUUAUAGCGGAAGGAUUCGCGGAAGCGGAAAGUUCCCCGCGCUCCACGCCCCCUCUCACUCCCAACACGCCUUUCGGAGAUCUUAGCGUGUCGAGAGUUCUGGGCAUGGUGGGAGGAGACGGCGCGCGUGCGACCUCUUUGCCGAAGGACCAUAAGGACAAUGGGAUGGAGUCUGCCGACGUGGUUAAUGACAAAAUAAAACAUCUAGAGACUGCAGACAAAUUGAAGUCAAUAUCGAACUUCGACCUCUCGUAUCACGACAAUGCGUCGACCAAUAGCGUCAACGGGUCCAAAGACUUCAUAGCAACAGAGAGAGAGCACGUCGAACAGAUGGAAGAGCCACCAAAAUCGCCGGGACUAAAAGUGACAGACGAUUUAAAAGCGAACAUGAAUAGAAUCGACUCGCACCAUAGUUUAGAUGUCUUAGCGAGACAGAAUUGAAUUAAAUAAGUAGUUUCCUUUAUUAAAUAAAUAAAAUAUUGUUUUUAGUCUUCGAUGCACAAUUUAAAACCAACAUCAUUACAUACAUAUAAUAAUAUACAUACAAUAAUGAAAUAUUCAUUAUUGUAAUGUAAAAUUGUAUGGAUUUUUAAAAGGCAACCCAGCGCGACUCAGCCUGUAUGGACUCUUCGCCGCUGCUAUGUACUUAUUUAACACUAGCCGACGCCCGCGACUUCGUCCGCGUGAAACCCGAUGUAAACUUUCAACUACCCCUAUCCUACCCCUACCCAACCCCCAGCCUACCUCUACCCCUACCCUAUUCCUACCUACCCAUACCCUACUUUUCUGGUUGAUUUUUACACCUUGUGUCCGAAAAACCCAAAUAUCUUACGGAACCCUAUAUUUUUCAAAAAUAAAAUUUAGCCUAUGUUGUGAAAGAAUUUUUAAAAUCGGUCCAGUAGUUUUUGAGCCUAUUCAUUACAUUCAAACAAACAAACAUACAAACAAAGUUUUCCUCUUUAUAAUAUUAGUAUAGAUUUAUGAUGCCUGAAAGUAUGUCAGUUAAGUACAGUAGCCAAUCACGGAGUAUGGACUUCAGCAGGUAUCAAGGAUCUACACCCUCAACCGUGCAAGUAUACUACGUAUUUUUUUUAAAUAUUAUCAAUGGGAUAUCAUGAGGAAUCAUAGCUUCGUGGCAGUUGCUAGAGACCCUGAAAGUUAUCUUUAUUGCAAACACAAAACUGACAAAAGACUAUAUUUAUUAUUGAAUCAAUCGUACAACAACUUCUUAUCUAUUCUAUUCUAUUUCGAAUUCUAUUUCUAUUUCGAAAUUUUGUUGGUUCUAAAUUGUCAACCGAAGUCUUUACCUAACGUACUUUUUCUGGUCGUUAGUAGAUUUGUGUACGAAUAUACGUUUGGUAAUAAUGGGGAUGAUGAAUAGGUUUGAAUAUAUUGAUUUUUAUGAUACAUUCGGGUAAAUAAGGUCAAUGUUAACUAAUUUAUACAUAAAAAGCAAAGAUCGUCUGGAUAUUUGCAAAAUAAAUGAGAUUAUAAAAUCUAUUAAAAAUCUUUUAUCGUAAUUGGAUGAAAAUUCAUACAGUUUUAGCUUCCUUACAUUAAAUGUGACAUUUUUAUAUACAUGAACUAUAAACAUAAACGCACAAAUAACAAAGAUAUUAGUAGUUUUGUUUUGUAUGGGGCGUUUUUCAGGGAUCCGCGGCAGCGCCGCAAAUCUAACCCUUUAAAUCCCUUUAGCUCCGUAAGUAAUGAUCGCAGAUACCCUGUUACUUUUACAAAAUUGCUUUACUAUUAGCAUACUCUUAAUUUAUAUACAAUUUGAAAAAACUGUCAUCAUCCCUAUUAAACUGUAAAAUGUGACCUUAGGUUAAGUAGAAUGUGGCCGAAUAUCAUGGACUUAGGUCCGUGGCGUUAGGACGAAUAUCACUAUUUGUUACAAAUAUUCGGCUUUUCGGUUAAACUUAUUCGAAUCAUGGCUCUUCGGUCAUGGGGCUUGGUGUUUAUUUAUUGGUGAUAAAAGCGAAUUAUAAGUUAAAAUAUAGGCUAAUAAUGAAAAUGAUGUUCUGAUUUUGAUCGAAACCAGAAGAGAAAUAUCGUCGAAUUUUGCCUUAUACUAUUUUUAUUACUUUUUUAUUUAAAUAGUCGUUAUGAAAACUAAUAUUGGUGUUAAAAUUGAGUGAAUAAAAAAAUACCGACCGAAUUGAGAACCUCCUCCUUUUUGAAGUCGGUUAAAAACUGUUGAUUUUUCUUUUGCAAUGAGAAAUAGAAAUCUUAAUUGUGCGCAAUAAACCUGAAUAAGCCGAAUAUUUGUUUGUAAUUUAGUUAUAACUUGUAAAUAACUAUUGUACUUACCUAUUGUAAGUUUAGUUAAAGUUACUAAUAUAUGAAUCGUGAUAGAAAUAGUCGAUUGUAGUUAUUUAAAGUUAAAGACAAUAUUUAUGAAUGUGGCUAUUUUUGAGUAACAUAGAAUCGAAUAAAUUUAAACUAAAUGAAUAACUAAUUGUAACUUAUUUAAAAAAAAAAGUGUGUGUCAGCUCCGAUGCACGAAUGGAGUUUAUUCCUUCAGAUCGACUGUCUAAAUAGAUGUAUGUUGCCCCGCAGCAUACACUAUGUAUUUUUCAAUACUAACGCCUGAAAAGUGAAAGGUGCGCAACCGAGGUGCAGCAGGUUGUGGCGUCCGCCACAUGAUGUUGGCGGCAGCGAACGGUGAAAGGUGCGCAGAAUAGGUUGCGCACAAAACGUAAAGCUGUCAUUCGUUCAUCAAAUUUUACUGCCCAUAUUUUUUUCAUACCGGGGACUAUAUAUGAAAAAUCGAUUCUUAAGGAGUAAACUCCAAAAACAUUUCUAUAUCUUUUAAUUUUAAACAUUUUUUUUUUUAAUUAAGUUAUAAUUUGUUAUUUAAUUGGUUGUCAUUUUUAUCCUUGUAUAUAUAUUUUUAGCAUAAACGUAUACUUUACUAAAAAGUCACAACAUAUAUUUCUUCAGUCUUAUUAAUAUGCUUUAAAAGUUUCAAUAUUCUAAAUAUGUGUUCCUAUAUCGCUUUAAUAUGUCCUUUUUAACAUCUACUAAAAUUGUUUUCAGAUUCAUUAGAAUAUAUAAUAUUAAACAAAUAAACGGCCAGUGAGGAGAGAUAGUAAGAUAAUAUACAGGGUGAUUCGGUCUUUAGUGCGGAUAUUUUUUUUCGUGGUUCUGUAUCAUUAAUAGAAUAUAAAUCUACAAACAGUUCGAUACAUUUUAUGUAAUUUUUUUUUUUAAUUUAUGUCUCUAAAAUAACAAAAUAAUGUACAUAUUAUUACUAAACAAGAUAUAUUCAGCUUAAAAGUGAUCUGGUGACGUUCUUUAGGUAUCAAACGAAAAUAAAAUAAACGCACAAUAGGGUGACCCUAGAAUUCUGUUCAAAAGUAAAUAACUUUAGCUAACGAUAAUUUUGUUAUUUUUGAGUUAAAAAAAAAAAGAAAAAAUACGUGAUCAUUAAAUUUUGUUUAUGUACAAAAUAUAAAAAUAUCCGCACUAAAAAAAUUUUCUUCCUGUAUAAAAAAAUAUUUGUACCUAUAGAAAAAUACAAAUUAUUUUAAAAUAUUGUCAAUAGGUCUUUACUAUGUUUGAAUUUUUUUCAAACUUCCAAUAAAUUACAACAAUUCGAAAAUGGUUUUCUAAACCAGUUGGUUGUUUCAUAAUAGCCAAUGCCCUGUGGCUUCACCCGCGUAGUUCCGUUCCCGUUCCCGUGAAAACAUAGAUAAAAAUAUAUGAUAUUCACAAACAAUGUGGCUUUCUAAUUAACCUUACCCAGUGAUGUGCACUUCCUAGAUGCAAAAAUGCACUACCUACUCUUAGGACAUUACAAUCCUGUAUUAUAAGGAAUUUUCCAUUUUAUAGUUUGUAUGUAUAAUGCUUAUCCUAGUUAAAAACAUUAUGCAAGCCACAAAGAAUAGGGAAUGAUACAGAAUGAGUCAUUACAAGCCGCGCAGUGAAACCCAUAAAAAAUUAAAGUCGUUUCGUCUAUCUUAUCUUCUUCUAUUUAUCUUUCGUCUCCUUGACAUCCGCUUAAUGUUGCUGUCUACAAACUUUUUUUUCAUAAUUUAGCUACCCUAAAAAUGUAGUAAGAAAUAUUCAUGAAAUAAAAAUUUUUUUCGAAAUAGACUAUUAAUCUUUAAAAAUCUCUUCUUCCUUUUGUUUUUGUGAACAGUUUAUACAAUUUUUAAAACACAAGAUGGCAUGUUUCUUCUAUAAUAUUGAAAAAUUACUGUGACCUUCUUAUGAUGCGAGGCUUCGUGACUUCUUGUUGUACUGAUUCAAGGAUGUAUACGUUUUUGAAUUUGUAUGUGGCAUAGAUGCUUCUUUGUCAUGUCCCUCAAUCUGCCUAUUAUUCUUUAAUCUGUGGCGAGCCUAAUGAUCAAUAAUAUUGAUAACUGUGUUGAUACACCCGCAAUGUAGUAAAACUUAAUGUCUAGAGUUUAAUAUUUAAAUGUGACUAAUAUCCCACCUAAGUUAUAUUCUUCGAUGUUUUUAACACUAUUGUGUGUUAGGUACUUUUAAUAUGUAUUAUAUAAUAAAUAUAUGUACUAUUGUAUGUGUCUAUUAUCAUAUAAUACAAUUUGCUGUAAAAAGAGAUAAAAAAGGGUUAUAGAAUGAUAAGUGAAAAGGUCCUUGAAAAGUACCGGCUAUAUUAUAGAUAUCCUUAAGUUUGUAUCUCAAGAAAUGGUUCUAUUUAUCAAAAAAAUCUUUGGGUAUUUUUUUGACGCCUCAGUUUAGUACAAAGUGAUAACUUUCAAUUUUUCUUUGCAUUGAUUAAAUUUUUGGCUAAUAUAAGAUAACUAUACCUAUCUAUCGGCUAGACGCUAUAGACGCAAAGUGUCACAGCCCAAAGUUAUACGUAGUUAGUGAAAAUAUACAGCUGGACAUCUAUAAAACUUAAUGUUUUUGUGUUCUAUAAUAUAGUAUUUACUUGUAGUAUUUUGUCCUAUUCUGUUUAACUCAAUGCUUUUGUAAGCUAUUUAAUAUUUAUAUUACAGUACUGAUUUUUACCAACACACUUAAACUUGUAUACGUCUGAUUUUGCUUUUUUUUAUUAUUUUUGUAUACAUUAAUUUUCUAUUUUCUAUAUCGCAAAUAAUAAAUAGCAAAGCGAUAAGUGAUAGUUCGUUGUGAAAUGUAAAGUGUGAAAGGGUAUUAAUUUUAGGUUCGAAGUGCUAAAAAGAUGGCUUGAGACGAAUAGUUCGCCGAAUAUAUCGCUAUCCAUUUUAUUUUGGCGACUAUUCGUCUUUAACGAAAAGCGAAUAGUUUUCUAUAUGUAGAUAAUCAAUAUAGUAUUUAAUGUCAUUCUGGAAAGAUGUGAAUUACUGAAACAUCUUUCUGUUUUUAAAAUUAUCCAGAAUGACCCGCACUUUUUGUGCUACCCAAAACGAUAAGUUUAGGUAAAACUAAAACGGUCUAUUGAAGAAUGGAUAUAAUUACUAUGUAUUAAGAGUAUUAGGAUUGAUUCGAUCAAAUCUAAGAACAGAGAAGCUAAAAUAUCUGCACAAGUAAUUUUUUAGUCAAUAAUACAAAAUUACUUUUUAAUGAAUGAAAAUAUCCUAUUAUUAUGAAGAAUUUCGUCCCGAAUGCCGAAUGAUAAGAACAAUUACUUCGGUUAUUCGAAUUUUCGUAGUAGGUAGGUACAUUAUAUUCUAUGAUUUUGUAAAUUAAAGUCUUUACUGUACUUAAAAUUGAUACCAGUGGUAGAAAUAAAGGUCACUGCAUACGCAACGGAACUGGACGGGGCGGCGAGAUUGUAUUAUAUAAACACGGACGGGAUUUUGUCGUCCAGUUUGUCAGUACGAAUGUCACCAUAUUGUUUUCUAAAGCGAACAGAGCAACUGCAAGUUAAUCCGUUGUCACAAUCUUAAUGUAUAAAUUCGAAAGGUCAUUUCAUCACGUAAUCUCGAAAAUCGCUUUACGUACAAAGAUGAAAUUUUCCGCUAAGAUCGGAUUUUGCGACAGGGCCGGAUUAAGGAGGUCUUAAGGCGGGCGAAGUCGCGUCCGCUAGUAAUCAGAUAAACGUAACGUUUAAAAGUGCUUGUAAUCUAAGCCUACUUGAUAUAAAUAACAGUACAAUGAUGAAAUAUUCCGCUAAGAUCGGAUUUUGCGACAGGGCCGGAUUAAGGAGGUCUUAAGGCGGACGAAGUCGCGUCCGCUAGUAAUCAGAUAAACGUAACGUUUAAAAGUGCUUGUAAUCUAAGCCUACUUGAAAUAAAUGAAGUUUGAAUUUUGCAGCGGAAAUACGUACGGGCCAGGAACGUACCAAAUGUCGUCAACGAUAUUUUUCCCGUCCCGUGCUCGCCCCGUUACCGUCCCGUCCGUUUUUAAGUGACGUACACACUUUCGUGUGUAUUUUGUAUGAAACUAUAUUUUUAAAACUCGUCCCGCUCCGUCCGAUUUAUAACACGUUACAUAUGCAGCGACCUUAAGUUUUUCUCGAGUUCUUUUGACGCAAUUGUGGUGCCAUACCCAUCGAAUAUUAUUAGUGUUAGGUCGAUAGUCCAAAGGUUACUUUCGUUUAGUUCUCGAAUGGUCGCGAAACAGUAAAGAUUAGGUUUCUAUCUUCAAGCGACGUCACGUAUGUUAUAAGUAAACAAACAUUAGGUAGUACAAAAAUACAAAUUAAAUAACUAAAACUAGCCUAAACUCAAUGGGUUUAUCUCGUUUAGUUUAUUUAGGGGUUCCUAUUGCCUUUUAACUCGCAUCAGACCAUGUAUUGGUCGCGCCAAACUUCGAGACCGCUCUGAACACCAAGUGGUAGGCGGCAGUAAAAGAAAAUAUAUCCCUCCUGGGUUAAAAUAUACUAUACACUAUACAGUAGUCCUGGAUUAGUCUAUCACAGGAUGCCCUAAGAAGCCUUUUUUACCAAUAGUCUUACUCCCCUAGUCUAGUCGCGAAAGACUAUUCGGAGUGGGUACGACAAUAGUCCAACGGGGCGGAGAUCGUACCACCAUACCUCGGUGAUGAGUCCGCUCUUACCGUUGAGCUAUUGAGGCUCUGAUAAACCUUAAUCUGGCACUUGUAAUAUAAGCAGCAAUAUCAGAGCAGACUCGAAGUUUGGCGCGACUAAGUCCUAAACCAUAUUAUUGCAUCGUCAUCAAGUAACGCAAGUAAGCAAGUUUAAAUAAAAAGGUUGUAAUAUACAGGAUGCUCGGGAGUAUUUCCCAUAACUCUAGGGUUAUAUUCUUUAAGGAAAAUUAAUUAAAACAAUGUCUAAGGAACAUGUGUUUUAAAAUGAAUAUUUUUAGAGUACAAAAUAUUUCUUUUGUAAAAAGAUUUAAAUUGUGUCCCAUAAAUCCAUUCUUAUUACCUAACCAUUACCUAUUUUUUACCAUUACCAUUACCUAACCUAG